AUGCCACUAUCUAACACUCCGCCUGAAAUCGUCACCCAGAUUUUCAGUUGCCUCGAAACUCCUGACCUGGCCAAUCUUUGUCUGGUCAAUAAAAAUUUCCACCCUAUUGCAGAGUAUGCGCUCUACUCUGACAUCACUUUCAAAUGGGAUCAUAAUCAACGGCCUCGGAUCAUCGCUCUCCUGGAUACGCUUUUCCGGCGACCCGAACGUUUUGACUGGAUCAAGGCCCUCACAAUAGAUGGAAGCAAUCGUGCUGGGGAGAAGUACUUGGUGCCAUUGUUGGGAGCUCCGCGGGUUAUAUAUGUGAACGUCGUUCAAACGCUAAACACACCACUGACCGAGUGCUGGACGCGUGAGCUUAAGAAAGGCCGAAUGGACGCGUUUGCAGCCAUACUGAUCGCACAUACAACCAAAAUACGUCGCCUCACCGUCACUGGUCGUUAUAUCCGCUUUCCCGACCUCAUUGGUCCAGUCCUUGAUUUGAAACUAAGCGGCCAGCUACCGAAAUUUGAGCGCCUGAAUCUCGUCACUUAUCUUCGAGGUUAUGAUUCUUGGAGUUACCCUUUGUUGACUCGGUUCGAGGAGGGGAUGUGCCUCUUUCACAUGCCCACAGUCACGCACUUGGCAUGUCAUAUGGGUAGUCUCGACCGGGAGACUUGCAAACAGGUGCUGGGUAAGCCCGACCUUCGCAACCUGACUGUCCUAGUUAUAGAAGGAUCUAAUGCUGCCACCAUGUGUGAAAUACUGGCCCUGACUAAGAACCUGAAGUCACUUGCCUGGGCCUGGGAGUAUGCGGCUAGAACGACUGAUCCUGUGACGAAAAGUCUUGACCUUGACGAGAUCAUUACAGCUCUCUCACAUGUGAAAGAUACCUUAGAAAGUCUACAGCUCAGGAUCACCAUCCGCACGAACAAGGAGUAUGGAGGUAAAGUGAAAAUGAAGGUCAUGGGAUCAUUCAGCGGGCUUAGGGAAUUCAAUCGGAUCACCGAGCUCGAGGUGCCGUUGAUAUGUCUUACUGGGUCUGGGCAUCAACCUCAGCCUCUGGACCACUGCAUCCCAAGUGGCAUUAAGACGAUUUCUCUCUCAUGCGUAAUGUUGCUCAAUGAUGCACUUGCAUGGAACCCAAGUUAUUGGUGGUCGGACCAAGGGAUUCUCGGAUUAGUUCAAGACAUGUCAUUUUCUGCUAGCCUACCACAACUGCGGCGUAUCAACAUUUUUGAUGUGGAUAACUGGUUUGAAGAUGGGCAAUUCUUUGAGGUGUUGGAAAGGAUUUCUCGGGAUGUUGAGGUUUGGGUUAUUCGACGUGUUCCGCUGCUUUGGGACUUCUAA